UCGCACGUUAUGAAAUGUAUUUGCGGUGGAGAGAAGAAGAUGAAGAGUAAUAGUACGAACUUUUAGAGAGAGAGAGAAAAAAAAUAGUUAGAGGAGAGAGAAAACCGCCAGCUCUCUUUUGCAUAUGCAUAUGCUUGCACUGUACUACCAGAAAACAAAGCACCAACAACACCAUAACUCAUCCCAACCGACUCUCUCUCUCUCUCUCUCUCUCCUUUUCCCCUCACCAUAAAAUUUCUCGACGUAUUUUUUUUGUUGGUUGCAGAAAGAUCGAAGAAAAGGGUUUUUUCAAAUUCGUUAAAAGUUUCUGUUCCCGUCAUUCAAAAAAAGAACCAAAUUUCAGGGUUUCAGCGUCCCGGAUUAAAGUAGAUGAGUACAAGCAACAUCUGCAAGUUCCGUCAUAUGACCACAACUUUCUUCGAAAUUCUGGAUAAACCCACAUCGAGUUUCGUCUUCGUGACCGACCCAUGAAGAGCUUGUACUGGUUGAAGCAGAUUUCGAGCAAUGGCAGCGGUGGAGACUGCCGCAGGAGGCUGUCGUUGGGGGAGUACAAGAGAGCGGAGUCGUGGUCGAAGUACCUGGUGUCGUCCGGCGCGAAGAUCAAGGGCGACGGAGAAGAAGAAUGGAGCGCCGAUCUGUCGCAGCUCUACAUUGGAUGCAAAUUCGCCUCCGGUCGGCAUAGCAGGAUCUACAGAGGCAUUUACAAGCAGAGAGAUGUCGCCAUCAAGCUCAUUAGCCAGCCCGAGGAGGACGAGUCCUUGGCUGCUGAGCUUGAGAGCCAUUUCACCUCUGAGGUCGCUCUCUUGUUCCGCUUGAGCCACCCUAAUAUCAUCACUUUUGUUGGAGCUUGUAAGAAGCCUCCCGUGUUCUGCAUCAUCACUGAGUAUUUGUCAGGGGGAUCACUAAGGAAAUACCUCCAUCAUCAGGAGCCACAUUCUGUUCCACUCAACCUAGUUUUGAAAUUAGCCCUCGACAUUGCUCGCGGGAUGCAGUAUCUUCAUUCGCAGGGGGUGCUACACAGAGAUCUCAAAUCGGAAAAUUUACUUCUCGACGAAGACAUGUGUGUCAAAGUAGCGGAUUUUGGUAUCUCAUGCUUAGAGUCUCAGUGCGGAAGUGCCAAAGGGUUCACCGGCACAUAUCGCUGGAUGGCCCCCGAGAUGAUCAAAGAGAAACAUCACACAAAGAAAGUUGAUGUUUACAGCUUUGGUAUCGUUCUUUGGGAGCUUUUAACAGCAUUGACGCCGUUCGAGAAUAUGACUCCUGAGCAGGCUGCAUUUGCAGUGUCCCAGAAGAAUGCAAGACCUCCCUUGCCAUCUGCAUGUCCCAUGGCAUUCAGUCAUUUAAUUAACAGAUGCUGGUCAAGUAAUCCAGAUAAGAGACCGCAUUUUGAUGAGAUAGUUUCGAUUCUGGAAGGUUAUGCAGAUGCUCACGAGCAGGAUCCGGAUUUUUUCUCGUCCUAUAAUCCGUCGGCGGGUUUUAAUUUUCUCCGAUGCUUGUCAAAGUUUUCAUGCAAUAGAUCUUCUUCUUCUUUUUAAAGCCUAGGAGGUUUAAGUACUGUAUGAUGUCAAACUGUAUCAUAUGAAAUGUUGUCUUGGUCUUGGCCCUCUAUAAUUUGCUCAAUUAUAUGAUUAUGAACUUUUGUUUUGUUCUCUUUACUUUAUGUCUCU